AUGAGAUUGAGUUCGACGAAUAUGGAUGCUAGAAAGAUGUUAUUUGCUGCUAUUCUAUCUAUUUGUGCAUUAAGUUCGAAGAAGAUCUCAAUCUAUAAUGAAGAAAUGAUAGUAGCUCUUUGUUUUAUAGGCUUUAUCAUAUUCAGUCGUAAGAGUUUAGGUACGACUUUCAAAGUGACUCUCGACGGGAGAAUCCAGGCUAUUCAGGAAGAAAUCGCAGCAAUUCCUCAACUUAACGAAGUAGUUUCUCCGGAAUCCAAUGAACAACAACGAUUACUUAGGAUCAGCUUGCGAAUUGUGGGCACCGUAGUAGAAUCAUUACCAAUGGCACGCUGUGCGCCUAAGUGCGAAAAGACAGUGCAAGCUUUGUUAUGCCGAAACCUAAAUGUUAAGUCAGCAACACUUACAAAUGCCACUUCUUCCCGUCGCAUCCGUUUUCAGGACGAUCUAGUCACAAAGUUUUACACCUUAGUGGGUAAUCAAUUUGCCUACUCUUCUAUCUCGAAAGCAGAAAGAGUAGAAUUCAUUCGAGAGAGCUUGGUGGUCUUAAGAAUGGUUCGGGGGGGGGGGGUUUCUCUUAAGAAUAAAGAAGAGGAAUUGAAUCUAAUUGAUGUUCAUGCUCUCAGAAGAGCGGAUCCAAUACCAAGACUACUUCUUUCUCAGGAAGUGCAGCAAGUACUUGAGGAAUUUUGGGAUAUCAUGCCCCACGAAUUAGUUGCCAAGUGCGCCCUAGUAGGGCAGUCUACCACAAGAUCGAGUUGGAGCCUGGAGCCAAACCCCCAACUAUUUAGACUGGGGCUGGGUUAA